CGGAGGAGGAGAGUCAAACUGCACAAGAGUUGGAAGAAAUCGAGAGCUUUGAACAAAAAGAUGGAGACAGUGAAGAACGUGAUCAGGAUCGUGAAGUGGAAAAGUGUGAUAUGAUGAGAGAAGAUCAAGGUAACACAGACGUAAUGAUCCAGUCUGUGCAAGAUGUAGAACAGGACAAACAGAUCAGCAUGAUGGAUCAUGGACAGACAGAAGACACUGGAGGUUUAAAACAUCCUACUGAUGAAACAGAGAAACAAAUCAUUGUCCAGAAGAAUCAGAGGAAAACUGAGAGUGAUGAAGAUCAGGGGACUGAAUCACAAGUGCAGGAUUUACUGGAAUAUCUGACAGAUGAAGCAAACCGCAUUUCAAAGCCUGAGAGACUGAAACAAAUAGACAAAUAUUCUGAUGAAAUCAAUGAAUUCUCUAAAAAUGGGCUUGAGGAGAUGAUUCUUAGAACUGAGCAGGAUGAAGACACCGCAGAAAGGGAACAAGACAUGACUAAAUAUGAGCUAACGGAGUCUGAAUCAGAAAAACAUGCACCAAAUGAUGAAACAGUACUAAAAAUGACCACAGCAGCGGAUGAAACCGUCCAUGCAUUAGAAGACACCCUGCUGUCAGAUUCAGAACAGCACACUUCAGAAAAUAUUCCAGAAUCAGGAACUGGCUCAUCUGUGCUGGCCACCAAAACUGAAGGCAUUUUUUCAGGUCUGACUGUUUGCGAGUUCUCUGGAGAAUCGAGGAGAGGACUAGAGACUGAUUGGCGAUGUUUUGAGGAGAUCCAAACUAAGCUACACGAUCCCCAAACUCCUGCAGAAGAGCGGGCAGAAAGAGACGCUGAGCGCUCGGAGAAAGCAGCCGAGACUGAACAUGACACUGAAACUCUAAUCCAAACAGACCAAACCGAGCUCUCGCUCAAAGAACAUGUUGAAUUCAGAACUGAAACAAAGAUCCGUUCAGGAGACGAGGAAGCAGAAGCCUUUGAGAUAGAAAGUCGAUCACCUGUCAUCAGAAAUGUCACUUUACAGCCACACGAGCUUCUUGAGUUCACAGAAGGACAAUGCAAAUCGUCUCAAGGAACAAUGGACACUUUCAGUGAAACACAGAGGAAUUCAAGCACGUCUGAAACCACUGGAACUGCAGAGCAUGUAUCAACAGAGCUUCUGGAGGAACCUCUAGAUCUGCAGGGCAAAUCAGAGACAGAUGUGGCGAAGACCGCUUUAGAGUAUGUAGAAGAAAUAACAAAUCAAGUCUUGGAGGAAAUGAUGGAAACAGAAUGUAACUUGGUGCAAAAAACAGAACCUUUGGUAGGACUUUCAACAGAAGAACCUGGUGAUGCAGAACAUCAAGCACCUGCACGGUGUGUGUCUGCAGAUGCUUCUGUCCUGGAAGAAGAACCGAUGUUAUUAGCUGAGACAAUGGACAGUAGGGUGGAAACCGCAAGCAGUGAAGAACAUAUUAGUUCACCAGAGUGUGAAAGCACUGAAGCUGAUGGACGUCAUGAGCAGAUGCAGAAGUCCAUCGCUGGAGAAACAGUGUUGAGAAGUCAUGAAGACUUGAUGGAAGUCAGCAGACCUGGGGUGAAAAGAGGAUUUGAUCAAGUGAGCGAAGACCUUCCAGAGGUGAAGACAAAAGAAAAAUUUGAUCUGAUCCUACAGGCUUUCGAGGACUCCUCUUUAGACUUCAGCGUUCAGAAGUCUAGAAUUGCUGUGAAGAAUCCACUCAUCCGGCCUCCCACAGACAUCAGAAAGCUGCUCUUCAGAGCCUCGGCCGAACCUUCAGAUCACAGUCAGACGGCCCGGGUCUCCGCUCCAAGCAAAGGCAUGAUUGGAUUUAAACUCCCAGGGCUGGGCGCAGGGCUGCCAGUGCUGAGGAAAACUGAGUUUGGGCAGAAAGCAGAAGCCGAGAGAUCACUACAGACACAGCAGAAGUCAGUUGCAGUAACAGAGGAUUCUGUCAAACAAGAGCAAAUGCCAGCUAAACCCAAAUGGACACCGCCAAGGCAUCCUGGCAUGGGGAGCCCCUUCAUGAUGGCAGAACUCAAAAACAAGCUCAAGAAGCCGGUCCAGGAAUAAUAUUUCAUUACAUCAUGAUUUUCAGAUGCAUUCUUCACCUUUUUUUUGUCUUAAUCAAGCACUGAGCAGCCUGGUAAAUUAGUUAUUCUACUGCAGCACAGCAUUUCAUUUUACUUCCACUAUUUUGUUUGCUUUGGACAAAGUGAGAAUCUAAGCAACAGUUUAACUGAACUUAUCAACAUUUAUACAGUGUCUGUAUUUACUUAUAUUCAAAGAAAAAAGUAUGAGGAAAAUGAUUACAAACUAAAUAUUAAUAAACAUUUUUGCACUUUUUUGCAGCACUUAAGCUUUCUGUGACUAUUUCAAAUUGUCAUAGCCAAUAUUUAUCACUAGGGAGCAGUCUCUAAAGGGCAGAGGAGAGUCGCUGGCUGUCAUAUGUAUCAUAUUUAAUACUAUUUUAUUGCUAUUUGUUAUUGUUAUAUUGUACAUUUCUUUUUCUUGUCAUUACUUUCUGUGUGUGUAAUUCUUUGGCAAUAUUGUAUACAAACAAUCAUGGCAAUAAAUACUUGGAAUUGAA